AUGUUUGUUACAGAGACCGAUAACGACGCGUUGAAUUUUAGAAUCUCCGCUACGAAGGCCGGUUACAUUGAGGACCCCUAUGUGCUUCAUUUCCAAAACCGAAACUCGUUACCAAGACCACCAUUAAUCAAUCGUGGAACAUUUGUUAGAACAUGGUCUAUUGAUGCUCUUUGUGAAGAGUUUAUUCUUCGUGUACCUGGAAUGAAACAGAUUAUUUCACUUGGUGCCGGUACUGAUACUCGAGUUUUUCGCUUCCUUGCAAAAUACGGUCCUUCCAAGUUUGUGUACCAUGAAUUCGAUUUUCUUGUCAAUUGUGUCAAAAAACUACGCGUCAUUUCUCGACACAAGGACAUGUCAGACCUUUUGGGGGGACCUGAUGGUUUUAAGAUUGAUGCUCGACAAGGUACCCUCCGUUCCGCUUCCUAUAACCUUACUUCGAUGGAUAUUAAUGACCUUGCGAAGCAGCCCCUGUUAGAGCACAUACGCCCAGACCUUCCGACCAUUCUGCUCUCCGAAUGUUGUCUGUGCUAUCUAAGUGUCGGCGGUGUAGACGCCAUCUACCAGUGGGCUACGUCUACUUUUCCCUCUUUAAUGACCAUUAUCUAUGAACCAAUCCGAAGCUCUGACCCUUUUGGUGCCAUGAUGGUUCGAAACCUGAGUGCUAGAGGUAUUACGAUGCCUACUCUUUCUCAUUAUGACACACCUGAUGAUCAAAAGAAGAGAAUGCGCGAAUACGGCUUCUCUUUCUGUAAUGCUCUUGAUUUUUAUGAAAUUGAAAAGCAAUGGUUUUCACAGGAACUUGUUAAACGUUUGAACCAUAUAGAAAUGCUUGAUGAACUUGAGGAAUGGGCUCUUUUGGCUUCCCAUUAUUGUCUUGUUUAUGCUAUCUCCAAGAAGUGUGAAGAAUCAAUAAAACAAAACAAGGACUUGUCCGACCACAAUACCAAGUUAUUCCCGUUUUAG